GGAAAGAUUAUUUGCAGAAACGAACGCUGCGCAGCCUUCAGCCGAAGAUCCCUCCAAUCGAAAUGGAGCAAUCUUCCAAAUCCGAUCAAGACCCAAUGGAAAUGGAGCAAUCUUCCAAAUCCGAUCAAGACCCGGCCCCCUUCUUCCCGUGGGACCUCCUCCCCCUCGACAUCCAAGAAUGCAUCCUCUCCCUCCUCCCCGUCUCCACCCUCGCCCGCUGCCAGUGCGUCUCCCGCUCCUGGCGCUCCACCAUCCGCUCACCCACCUUCCUCUCCUCCCUCCGCCGCAAUCCCGACGACCUCUACCUCAUCCCAUUAGCCGACCACCUCUCCCCCGCCGCCUACCAGCCCUCCCGCGACCGCUGGUUCAGACUCCGCCUCCACCCCUUCUUCCUCCCCAUCGCCUCCGAUGGCUGCCUCCUCGUGGGCUUGGACGACCACAGCCGCCUCGCCGUCCGCAACCUUUUCUCCGGCGCCACUAUCGCCCUUCUUCCCGAGAUGGAGUACGUCUUCGCACCCCACGUCAUCGCUCUCAUCGAUGAAUUCCCCGCGGCCCAGUACAAGAUCGUCGCCGCUAGCUGGACCGAUCCCCUCGAGUCCCGGGUCUUCGACUCCCGUUCCGGCCGGUGGGAGCUCAAGGGCCAGCUUCCCCGCAAAUUUUUGGGUCUCGGCAGCGCCGUGUUCUUGGACGGCCUAUUGUUCGUCCUCAGCCAAGGGCCCAAUCAUCUAUUGACCUUCGAUCCGAUCGGUGGCGAUUGGAACCUCGUAGACGUGGCGAUGCCGCCGGUUGUUCAUUCCCAUAUCUUGGAUUAUGAAGAUAGAUUGUUCUUGGUUGGGGGCGUGAAAAAGGUGGGAUGCAUUGCUACGAUUAGGAUUUGGGAGCUCGAUUUACCGAAGAAAAAAUGGAGGUCGAUCUACUUCAUGCCUAAUCGAUUUUUCAGAAGAUUUAGAGGUCGCAGGCUCGAUUUUUCUUUCUCGACGGUAGCACGGAGGGGGAUUGUUUGUUUCUUCAACAAGCGGGAUGGUACUGUGUUGAUGUUUGAUUUGCCUGCGAGGAGAUGGUGGUGGCCGCUGCCGUGUGAUGCAAUCCCUAGGGAGAGAAGGUUUUGGUUUGGGCAUGCGAUGGAGCCACGUAUCUAUCCGCUGAAAGGAUCGAUGGGAAGGCAUACAGAGGGUAAUAUAUAUUGUGAAUUAAUUUCUUUGUUAUUAUUUGGGUUCAUAUAA